AUGAGUCUGUUUGACAACGAAAUUGAACUAAAAGACGCAAUUAGAGACUGGUUGGUGUACGCAUUACUCUUUGUGGUGCUUCUUGGAUGCAUAGUGGGAUUUGAUGCACUAAAAAACAGGUUACUCAAAAUGGUCAGAGAGCGUGUCAAAGAGAGACAAAACAGUACUACGGUACCUGAUUCAAAUGAACAUAAAGUAUGA